AUGACCUAAAACAUGGUGACUGUGAAUGGGCUGGAGGUGGCCUCUACGCUGUCCCAGCCCACCCACAUCCACGUCCACAUCCACCAGGAAUCCCUUCUGACACAACUUCUAAAAGCUGGGGGCUCCCUGAAGGAGUCCUUAGCUGGCCCCCAGGAUGCUGGCCCUCCCAAGGCCAGGACAAGCUACAGGCUGCUGGCAGGAGGGAUGAGUAACUUGUUCCUAGGAAUCCGUGUUCUGCUCCUGGCUGUCUGUGCCCUACAGGUCAUUGUGUCCUUGGCUUCCCUGGGCCUGGGCCUUCGAAGCUUGUGUGGCUGGAGCUCUCAGCCCAUGGGUGAGGAAGAGACCGAGAAGAAGCUACUGGGGGAGAAUUCAGAGCCUCCCUCCCCCUCCAGGGAGAAGACCCUGACUGCCAUGGUCCUGUGA